AUGCACCCAGCAGCCAGCAGCUUUCCCCAGGAUGAAGAGCCCCUGAUCGAGGAGCCCUCGGUGAACGGAUACAGUCGGCGAAAGCCACGCGACCAUUUCCAUGGGGCCUAUGUUAUUUUUUUCCUCCUGGGCAUCGGGUCCCUGCUGCCCUGGAAUUUUUUUAUCACAGCAAAACACUAUUGGAUGUACAAGCUGCAAAACUGCUCAGAUCGAGCAGGCCCGGCAGGACAGGUGACGUCGGAUCUGCGGGACUUUUUUGAGAGCUACAUUUCCAUUGCUUCAACUGUGCCCUCUGUGCUGUGCCUGAUAGGAAACUUCUUGCUCGUCAACAAGGUACCUGCCAGCGUCCGGAUCCUGUCCUCCCUUUUCGUCAUGCUCAUCGUCUUUCUGGUGAUCACAGUCCUGGUGAAGGUUGACACCUCUACCUGGACCACCAGCUUCUUUGCUCUCACCAUGGUCUGUGUGGUCAUCGUCAACAGCGCCUCAACCAUCUUCUCCAGCAGCAUCUUUGGGCUGAGCAGCUGCUUCCCCAUGAAGAACUUGCAGGCUCUGAUCUCAGGUCAGGCCAUGGGUGGCACCAUCAGCGCCGUCGCCUCCCUGGUGGACCUGGGGGCGGCGGCUGAUGUCACGGACAGCGCCCUGGCCUACUUCCUCACCGCCGACAUCUUCAUCGUCAUCUGCCUCGUGGUCUACCUCCUCCUUCCCAGGCUGGAGUACUCCAGGUAUUACAUGAGCAGCCAGGAGGAGAGCCCAUCUCUGGCCACUGUGCCAGCCAACAGCUCCGCAGAGGACGAGGCAGAGCCAGGAAGCACCACGAAUAGCUCCUUCCUCACAAAAAGCACUGGCAUCCCCCCACUCCGCCCCAUCCUGCAGAAGACUGCCCUCCUCGGCUUCUGCCUCUUCUACAACUUCUUCAUCUCCAUCAUCAUCUUCCCAUCUCUCUCCUCCAGCAUUGAGUCGGUCAGCAAGUCCUCAGGAAGCCCGUGGAGCACCAAGUACUUUGCGCCUCUCACCAGUUUCCUCCUGUACAACUUUGCUGACUGGUGCGGGAGGCAGAUUACUGCCUGGAUCCAAGUGCCUGGCCCCAAGAGCAAGCUGCUGCCUGCCUUUGUCCUCCUCAGGACCAUCUUCCUCCCUCUCUUCAUCCUCAGCAACUACCAGCCCCGUGCUCACAUCCAGACAGUGGUUUUCAACCAUGAUGUCUACCCAGUGGUAUUCACGGUGCUGCUGGGGCUCAGCAACGGCUACCUGGGGACUCUGGUCAUGGUCUAUGGUCCCAAGAUUGUGCCAAAAGAGCUGGCCGAGGCAGCAGGGGUGGUGAUGACGUUUUACCUCAUGCUGGGGUUGGCUGUGGGGGCUGCCUGCUCCGUUCUCAUCGUCCACCUCGUGUAG